CUGUUAAACGUGAGGUGUGCUUGAGCUGUCACAAAUCAUUUCAAACUAUUAAUGGUUAAAUCUGAUGAAUAGUUUUUCGUGUAUAGAUACUUUGGCAUGCAUGGAUAGAAAGUAUAUUAUGUGUAUAUUAAGCUGACGGAGGCAUAUGAAAAACCAACAGUAUUGGUUCCAUAGAAACAUGUGGAUAGGGUUAUGGAUGCAGUUAAAGAAUGCUUGAGGGAUUUUCCUAAAGAAGCUCGGGAGCUUUAUCUUAAUGAUGCAGUGCCAUACCUCGAUGGGCCCCUCUCUUCACUUCAGUUUUAUCGUGACUGGAUUGGACCCAAUAAGCCUUGCAUCAUUCGCAACGCCUUCAGUGAUUGGCCAGCUUUGUCUAAAUGGAACCCCACUUAUCUCAGAGAGAAAGUGGGCUCCAAAGUCAUCAGUGUGGCCGUCACUCCAAACGGAUACGCAGAUGCCAUAAACGGGAAUCGCUUUGUGAUGCCAGAGGAACGUCAGAUGACCUUCACCUCUCUGCUGGAUAUCGUAGAGGGGAAGGUGACGAGCAGUGGUGUGUUUUAUGUUCAGAAGCAAUGCUCAAAUCUGACUGAGGAGUUACCGGAGCUGACGGGAGACGUAAAGAAUCACAUUCCCUGGAUGAGUGAAGCACUUGGAAAAAAGCCCGAUGCUGUAAAUUUCUGGCUUGGGGAGGAAAGCGCUGUCACAUCAAUGCAUAAAGAUCAUUAUGAGAAUCUAUACUGCGUGAUCUCUGGACAGAAAGAAUUUAUUUUACUUCCUCCGACUGAUAGACCUUUCAUACCAUAUGAGCUCUACCAGUCAGCGACGUACAGACAGAAAGAAGAUGGCAUCUUUGAAAUAGUGGAUGAGGAAGAUUUAAGCAAAGUUCCCUGGAUCCCUCUAGACCCCCUCAACCCAGAUUAUGAGCGAUAUCCCUCCUACAGGCUGGCUAAACCUCUGCACUGCACUGUGAAAGCUGGAGAGAUGUUGUACCUGCCCUCCCUGUGGUUCCACCAUGUGCGACAGUCUCACGGCUGCAUAGCGGUGAAUUUCUGGUAUGACAUGGAAUUUGAUAUCAAGUACAAUUACUUCCAGCUGGUGGAGUCCCUGACAAACGCUGUGGGAUCACUAUGAGACUGUUAUCACAUAAUAUAUCCUGUUCAAAGGUGAAGAUUUGGUUAAUAUAUUUGAUUAUCAACAACUGGUGGCUUUACAUGUGAAGAUUCAAUGACUUUUUUUAGUGAUAUGGAAUAAAUAUUACAAUAAACAAUGCAGUUUACCAUGUAAUAAAUACAGUUUUAUUUGUUUGACUUCUCUGAGAAAGAGAUUUCAGAUGAUAGGCUGUAUAAACACUGAGAAUAGAAACACUUGACUUCGGUUUGGAGCAAAAGGUAAGACAAAGUCACAAGUUUC